ACAUAGGGAAGGACAAAGACACGUACACAGAUGAUUCAGAACAUGGAAAUUAUGAUACUCGUACAGAUCAGUCAUUGCUUAUUCAAAACAAGCUUACCAGACAGAAAACAGAAACUCGGACUAAAUCAUCUUUAAAGGUGGUAUGUUUUGCUAUCUGGCAAGGUAAAGAAAGGAUUUUUAGACCAAAGUUCGCCUAUUAUCACUAUGGGUUCAGGAACUAUAAAGAAAUGCUGCAUAUAGAGUUAGCCAUUUACUGCCUUUUUCUGGUAUCCACUGGUAUCCACUAUAAUACUAGUGAUGCCAUGGCAUCAUCAGGACUCUUCUUCAAAGAUGGCAAAAAGCGCAUUGAUUACAUCUUGGUCUACAAAAAGUCAAGUCCACAGGUAGAAAAAAGAAGCACGUUUGAGAAGAAUUUGAGAGCAGAGGGGUUGAUGUUAGAACGAGAG